AUGAUAGCUCGCGGCGAAGUCAAAGUAGAAGGCGGAGAUCGGCGUCCAGGAGGAGGAAACCUAGAUCGAGAGCCAGUCGAUCUUCAAGAGCUCGAUCAAGGGCCAGUCGAUCAUCGAGGAAAACUCCUUCACGAAAAGGAACAUGGAGACAGCAAUACGGUGCUUAUCAUGCUCGACGAG